AUGUUGCCUACAACCAUCCCCGAGAUCCAGAGGCAGAACUUGUCUCACGUCAUUCUCAUGCUCAAGGCCAUGGGCAUCAACGACUUGUUGCACUUUGAUUUCAUGGACCCCCCGCCAAUCAAUACGAUGCUUACAGCGUUAGAAGAGCUAUACGCGCUCAGUGCCCUAGAUGACGAGGGCCUGCUGACGCGUUUGGGACGAAAAAUGGCAGACUUCCCCAUGGAGCCGUCUCUGGCCAAGGUUCUCAUCAUCUCUGUUGACAUGAAGUGCUCAGCCGAGAUGCUCAUCAUCGUCGCCAUGCUCAACCUCCCCAACGUGUUUUACCGCCCCAAGGAGAAGCAAUCGCAGGCAGACCAGAAGAAGGCCAAAUUCCACGACCCGCAUGGCGACCACCUGACGCUGCUGAACGUCUACAACUCAUGGAAGCAGAGCAGCUACUCGAGCCCCUGGUGUUUCGAGAACUUCAUCCAGGCGCGUUCAAUGAAGCGCGCCAAGGACGUGCACGACCAGCUCGUCAAGAUCAUGGACCGGUACCGUCACCCCGUCGUCAGCUGCGGACGGCACACGCAGAUUGUGCGGCAGGCGCUUUGCUCUGGCUUCUUCCGCAACGCGGCGCGCAAGGAUCCGCAGGAAGGGUACAAGACGCUCAUCGAGGGGACGCCGGUGUACCUCCACCCGAGCUCGGCGCUGUUUGGGAAGCAGGCCGAGUGGGUCAUUUACCACACGCUCGUGCUGACGACCAAGGAGUACAUGCACUGCACGACGAGCAUCGAGCCCAAGUGGCUCGUGGAUGCGGCGCCGACGUUCUUCAAGGUUGCGCCGACGGAUCGGUUGUCGAAGAGGAAGCAGGCGGAGAGGAUCCAGCCGCUGCAUAAUAAGUAUGCUGGGGAGGACGACUGGAGGCUGAACGGGAAGAUCUCAAUAGCGUUAGAGCCAGUCUGUUCUUUUCACUCCUUCUCCAGCUUCUCUUCCUUGCCUUAG